AUGCCCCACGCCGAUUCUUCCUUCUUCCCUGCGGGGUCGUCCAAAGAGCAGGUUUAUCAGCUCCUGCUUGAGCAGGCGCGGGGGUUGCUGGAGGGACAGCGCAAUUGGGUUAGUAACCUCGCCAACGUCGCCUCUCUCCUCUGGUACGCAUUCCACGCGCUCCCCCAGCCCUCCUCGUCCGUCAACUGGGCCGGCUUCUACGUCCGCGACGACCGAUUCCCCGUCCUGGCAUCCCCAGCCCGCUCGACCUCCACGCAGGGCCUCACCACGACGACCAUCGCAACGACCUACGCGUCCCCGGAAGACUACAAGCUGCUGCUGGGUCCGUUCCAGGGGAAACCAGCCUGCCAGGAGAUCCGGUUCGGAAGGGGAGUCUGCGGCACGGCGGCGCUGAAGAAGGAGACGGUUGUCGUGCCGGACGUGUUAGAGUUUCCGGGGCAUAUUGCCUGCGACGCGGACAGUCGGAGUGAGAUUGUGGUGCCGAUUCUUUUUGGGGGAGAGACCGUCGCCAUCAUCGACAUCGACUGCACCGAGCCAUCUGGUUUCGACGACGUUGAUAAAAAGUAUCUCGAGGAGCUGGCUGCUCUGCUAGCGGAGAGCUGCGAUUGGUGA